GCCCCCGACCAUAAGAUCUCGCGCGCAAAACCUUUUGAUGAAUUUGCCCUGCGCAGGGAGCACUACCCAACAAUGAAAAGUGAGCUUGGUGAUCCCUUCAAGCUCUCCUCCCUUACCAAGAUCUCCAUCUUCUUCCUCGCUUGCGUCGCCUCCUUCUACCUCGGCCGUAACUGGAACGAUGGUUUCAUGUAUCCCCAGCUCGUCUUUUACAGUAACAUCAAUCCGACGGCCCCCGCCGACACUGCAAACCUAUCGGUUAUCAUCUCUCCCAACCUCUACCAUACCCCUGAUAUCUCCAACGUAGUAUCCAACGGGUCCUUUCCCUCUGCUGAUUUUCCACCGCCCGAUGCGCUCUCUAGAUCCCCGCCGCAACCCGUGAAUCCUGAGAAUGUUGGAAUCGUGGACGCCAACGGAGCAAUGCGAGAGGAUUUCGAUGCUGGGCCGUUCGAUUCCGAUCUGGGGGAGGAGGAAUCACCAUCUCGGGCGGGAAACGAGACGACUUAUGAGAUGAAGAAAAAGGAUGGGACUAAGAGUGGGAUCCAGAAGUUCUCGCUUUGUCCGGAGAGAAUGAGGGAGUACAUUCCUUGUAUUGACAACGAGGAGGAGAUCAAGAGAUUGAAUUCUACGGAGAGAGGAGAGAGAUUUGAGCGGCACUGCCCGGCGAAGGAGCUGACUUUGAAUUGCCUGGUUCCGGCACCGCAGGGCUACAGGGAGCCCAUCCCAUGGCCAAUGAGCAGAGACGAGGUGUGGUUUAGCAAUGUGCCACACACGCGUUUGGUUGAGGACAAAGGAGGGCAAAAUUGGAUAAAAAGGGACGGGGAAAAAUUCAAAUUUCCUGGAGGUGGCACCCAGUUUAUACAUGGAGCAGGCAGUUAUCUAGACCAGAUUACUAAGAUGGUUCCAGACAUUGCAUUUGGGAAUCUUACUAGAGUUGUCUUGGAUGUUGGUUGUGGGGUUGCAAGUUUUGGGGCUUUCUUAAUUUCACGAGAUGUCAUUACCAUGUCUAUAGCUCCAAAAGACAUUCAUGAGAACCAAAUUCAGUUUGCUCUUGAACGUGGUGUGCCUGCAAUGGUGGCAGCUUUUGCAACUCGCCGCUUACCGUAUCCAAGCCAAGCUUUUGAUCUGCUUCAUUGCUCAAGAUGCCGAAUUAAUUGGACUCGUGAUGACGUCGCCAAACACUGUAUUCCAGGGGUGCGACUCCGUAGGGUGUUUUCAUCUACUGAUGAUGGAUCUCAGACCACUGAUUACCCGAUGGAUACAGAGCCAUAUGUCCCGCGGGGUACAGAGCCAUAUGUCCCUUCAGACGCAGAGUUUGCUGCUGCAUUAAUUGAUCUGAAGAUGAAUAGCUGGGUAAUGAAUGUUGUCCCCAUAAGCGGACCCAACACAUUGCCUGUCAUAUAUGAUCGUGGACUUAUAGGAGUGGCCCAUGACUGGUGCGAGCCAUUUGAUACUUACCCAAGAACUUAUGACUUCUUGCAUGCUUUUGGCCUCUUUUCCAUAGAGCAUAAAAGGUGUGCAGACAACAAAUACACACUGGCACCAGGUGGGCGAGCUUACAUACGUGAUUCCAAAUAUAUUAUCAGAGAGAUUCAGGAAAUCACUGAAGCCAUGGGAUGGAAGACUGAACUCCGUGAUACAGCCGAAGGACAAUAUUCAAGCAGGAAGAUACUGAUGGGCCGUAAGGUGCCCCGGCAUUCUUAGCAUCUUCUGCUUCAAUUUCUUUCCACAAGUUAGUUUAGAGGAUUUCCUCAUUGUUGACUCUCAGUGGAGAUUCGAGCUUGAAAGUAAGUGCUACAAAAAUGGAUGCAACUGUCAGAUUUUUUUACUUCAUUUUAUAUAUCUUACCUAUGGUGUUUCGUCUUGCAAUGUUGGCUGCGUUGUUUGGUUUUGUUCACCCUUUUGUUGUGUUAUUUAAACCACAUUGUUGUGAGAGUAUAGGGAUGAAUAAAGAAAGCUUAACGUGCUGGAUGAUUUUCUUGGUGCUUUGUUUCUUAAUUAUUGAGUUGAACGUUGACAACCUGCGUUA